AUGGCGAGAGAAGAGGGUGUACUCCUUGAGACGGAGGACUUUGCGACCCUUAUUGCUGAGGGUGAGCAGAGCCUGGCCUAUGGAUUUAAGCAAGCUGUGGCACAGCCUGUGGCAGUUGGUUGGUCUGGGAAGGCCAAAAAACACCCUCGUGGUGGAGCCUUGCCACCGGUAGCCACCUCCGUCCUUGGCAGCGUCACAGAUGGGAUGCACAGGUUACGUCAGUGGCUCGGACCAUGCGAUUGCUCGCUCAGAAACGGCCUUUGGGGGUCCACGCCUGCCCUGGCAGAACAAAGCAUUGCAAGUCUCGGUGCUCGAGAGUCUCAGGCAAGACAUUCUUCAGCUCCCCAUGGAAUGCCUCGACACUUGCAGGGCCCGCCCCCACCGGCUGUGCCUGUGGUGGGUGCUGCAUCGGCCCCAUCAGCGCGGGCAGAGGAGGACUUCUUUGCCGAGGAUCAGGAUGAUGACUCUGUGGAUUGUGAUGAGGCCGACUUAAGAGGUUCAGAGGGCGCCUUGGGCAUUUCUCAGGAGUCGAGGAGUUCUUCUUCCGCUCUGAGAAAGGAUCAAACCACUCAGCUCUCAACAGCACGGAAGCAAAGCAAGGAGGUGAAGGAGGACAAAAAGAAGGCCAAGAAGUUCUCCAAGGGCAAGGGAAAGGCCCAGGAUGUUUCUACUGCACCAGCUGCACAAGCCGUAGCACUACGCAGUUUCGUGCCGCACGGCGCUUCAGCUGCGGGAACGACGGCCUUCGCAGUGCGAGCAGAGAAGCGGGCGCCGCGGCCACGACCGGUGUGUGUUUUGGCGGAGGAGAGAGCACAUGCGCGAACUCGACAAAGAUUGUCAAAAUUUGAUGAGGAAAAAAUUGACGAGGCAGAGGACCAGAUUCAGGCGAGCCGAGAUGCCAGUGGAAGCUUGGAGGAUGAAGAGGAAAUGCUCGUCCGGACACCUUCUGUCGCUUCUUGCUCUUCAGAACGACUGGAUGGGCAGAUCCUGUCUGAGGACCGGAGACCGCUUCAACCGCUGCGUUGCCAUGUGCUGUUCUCCUCUCCGCUUUGCGUCGAGCGGCCUGUGGCCUUGACAGUGCCUGUGCCUCCGCUGCCUGACAGCAAUCUGGAGGCAUUCUUCAAAUCUCAGUAUGCGACUUGGGGCUUCAGCUUUGAACCUCUGGAACCUGCGCGGCUUCUGGCUGUAUUUGGAAUGGCCAAAGAGCAAAACCUCUCGCAAACACAUGCAGAGGCGAUGUUGCGACCUGGAGAUGAGGUGUAUAAGGUGAUCGUGACACCCGGACCCGCUACAAGUGUGGAAACCACCAAACCAGCACCGCCUCCAUCGACCUCGACCUCCGCAGCAUCGCCCACACGCAGUGCCCAGCCGCCCAAGAUGCAGCUGGCAGGUGGCUUGCAGAGCUUCGUGCAGAAUCAGCCGCUGUUUGCAGUUCUUGCCCGGCUUUUGGCAAAUCAGCCACGAAAUGGUGGGCCAUUGAAUCUGCAGCUGAUCUUCCGGGGAAUGCGGCCACUGCCCCAACUUGAUGUGGAAGAAGAGGUGGCCGAGGUCCGGCGCAGCGGUUGCGUGGCGCUGCCCGGAGCCUUGACGUCGGAGAACUUCCGGCGCCUCAUCGCAGCCAGGGACUGUGAGGUGCUUCACUUGGCUCUUCAUUGCUCCUCUGGGCAGGCUCAACAUUUGUACUUGGAAGACAUGCAAGGCAAAGCCCAUGUGAUGGCUUCCAAGGAUUUUGAAGGGCUUCUGCGAGCCGGGCAAGACCUGCAAUGCAUCAAAUUGGUGGUCCUUAACGCCUGUCACUCUUUGACUGUCGGGCAAUGCUUUGUCGCAGCUGGCGUGCAGCAUGUUGUGUGCGUCCGCGAUGAUCGUGAGGUUCGCGACGAAAGCUGUCGCAGCUUUACUCAGAACUUCUUCAGUGCUUUGCGCCAUGGUCGUAGCGUGCAGGAGGCCUUUGAUUGCGGCGUGGCCUGCCUACAGCAUGCAGCCAGUCCCAUACCGCAGCGUGAUGCAAGCGCCUUUUUGCUCCUCCCUGAAGGGGACCACAGUGCAGUACUAACAUCUGCAGUUUCAAGGACAUCUGCAUCACAACCCUCGUUGCCCAGCCGGUUGCCUCCUGUCGUGGAGGAUUUCAUGGGUCGUGAGGUGGACCUUUGGCGCACGAUGUGCUUGCUAAAGUCGAGGCGCUUGGUUUCCCUGAGCGGUGUCAAGGGCAUUGGCAAAACUGCUUUGCUCGCGGCGCUGGGGCACUUCAUCCACUUGCGCUGCGCGGGCGGUGGUGCUUUUGACCAAGUGUACUGGCUUGGCGGAAAAACGGCCGCAGAUGACUUUCAGCGACUGCUGGAGAUGUUGCAAACAACUCCGGACCUCAAUGUCUUGGUGAUCGUCACGGAUGGACCGUCGCAGCCACCAGUCGAAGAGCUGCUGAAUUUCAGCCGCAAGGUCCGGCUCAUUGUGGAGACUUCAAACAUUUGGUCCGCCGGCGGUGACGUGAAGUCAACACCCAUGCCAUUGGGGCCACUGGAACCUUUACUGCAGGCUCGGCUGUUCCUGCAACGCGCAGCGCGGCCUUUGUACGACUUCGAGCUGGAGCCCACGCAUCAACCAGGCCAAAUGCCAAGCAGUGAGCCAAAUUUGGCCAACAUUUCCUUGCAACCAAGGGAUUUGAUAGCCCUCGCAGAGCUGCCCUGGAUCAAAGCUCUUCAGGGCGUCCCGCUGCGCAUCGUCAUAACGGCGCAGCGCUUGAAAACAUGGGAAGCUGCAGAGAGCGGCCCAACUGGGCAAGUCUCUGGUCGAGUGAAGCUCCGGGCAGUACGCCCUGACGGACUCAGCAGAGAAGUGAUGCUGAAUCUUACUACAACUCUCCAAGAGGUUGUGGACAAGUACUCUCCGUCUGGUUUGAAACCCGAUGACUUUGAGCUUUACGUGGAUGACUGCCUAGCGCCGGCUGACGCAACGCUCAGUGACUUCUGGGACGAGAAGGCCCGACUUGCUGGCUUUAUCACCCUCCACUUUCGGCACAAGUCUGCCGUGCCUGACUGGUGA